AUGCAGCGGAUGGCGGCGAGCAUGGGCGGCCCCGGCGCGAUGCCCCCCGGCGCGGCGGAUCAGUUUAAGAACAUGAGUGCGGACGACCUCAAGCGCGCGAGCGAAGAGCUCAAAGACAUGGACCCGGAGACGCUCAAGUCGACGAUGAACGCCGCGCAGUCGCAGAUGCAAGGGCAGCAGGACUACGUCAUGCGCGGCGCGGAGCAGCUCAAGAGGGACGGGAAUAAGCUCGUGGGCGAGGAGAAGUUCACGGACGCGAUCGAAAAAUACAUGCGCGUGAAGAACAACCUGCAGGAUAUUCAAACGCCCGCGGCGAGGGCGUUACGAACCUCGUGCAUGCUCAACAUGUCGCUGUGCUUCAACAAGACGAAGCGGUACAACUCCGCGGUGAGCGAGUGCACGGAGGUGUUGCUAGGCGACGGGCGCUCCCUGAAGGCGUACUACCGCAGAGGGCAGGCGCACUACGCGAAAGGAGAGCUCGCGCGCGCGGUGAAGGAUCUGCGCCGCGCGGUCAAGCUCGCGCCCGGGGACGAGACCGUCGCCGCGGAGUGCGCGAAAGCGGAGAGCGACAUGAAGGAGAAGGGCGUGGUGGACGAGGACGACGGCGCGUGCCCGGCGUUUGAAGGACCCGAUCCGUCGUCGGCGCCGCCGGCGACGGCGAACCCGGGGGGUUCUGGUUCUUUCCCCGGGAUGCCCCCCGGGACGUCGCAAGCGCAGAUGGAUCAGGCGAUGAAGAUGAUGAAGGACCCAGCCGCGAUGAGCAAAGCCGCGGAGAUGAUGGAGAACAUGUCCGAGGAGCAGCUCGAGGAGAUGCAAAAGAUGGCGGGCGCGCCGAAGCUGGACCCCGGGAUGGCGAAACAGGCCGCGGCGAUGAUGAAAAACAUGGACCCGGAGGCGAUGAGCGGGAUGAUGGAGAUGGCGGCGAAGAUGCGCGAGGGCGGGGGCAUGCCCGGCGGGGGGCCGUCGUUGGGCCCGGACGGUCAGCCCACCCCGGAGAUGAUGGCGGCCAUGACGGAACAGAUGAAGGACCCGAAGAUGCAAGAGGCGAUGAGCUCGAUGAUGAAGAACAUCACCCCGGAUCAGCUCAAGGAGAUGACGAAAGCGAGCGGGAUCAACAUGACGGACGAGCAAGCGGAGCAGACCGCGAAGAUGAUGCAGAGCAUCUCGCCGGAGACGAUGGCUCGCAUGAUGAAAGUCGGGAGUUUCUUCCAAGGGACGUUCGCGCGCUUCAGGAGGACGUAUCAGGCGCGUUCUAUACACUGGUCCUCAUACGACCGCGUUCGCGUUGUGAACGCCGAUCCUUAA